AACAACCCUGGGUGGAGGAGGCCGAGGGGACGCCCACGGUGUUUGUGGCUUGAGAAAGUUCAUUGGUCCUGCCAGGAGGUACUCAGGUACCCCGGGGCCUGCAUGGAGACUCGCUUGAUGGGUGGGCGAGGCGACGCGCCUCCUAUUUCAAGCUUACCUGUUUCACUUGCUUGGAGGUUAAGACUCACAUCUGGUAUGGCUGCCAUCUACUGAUCAUCUUCAGAACAGAAAAAAACAAACCAGGCUGCUCUCAAUACACCAGAACACUGAAAGCACCCUCGUCUAUGUCACUCUCCGCCUCGUGAUAGCCAGCGGAAGGUGAGCGGCAGCGAGGGUGAAGCAAGAUGCCGUUGAGGGAGCACGUGGGUGACCUCCUGGGUGUUGGGGUCAGCGCGGGGCUCACUCUGACCUUCUAUUACCUCUAUCGCUCAGGCCGGGAGGUGGUGCACUAUCUCAAGGAUGCCGCAGAGGUCGACAUUGAACCCAAGCUGAUCGAUGUGGUCCAGAGUAGCGGGGGGGCGGUGGAGGGGUGCGUGAGGGGUGCGGUCAAGGCCUGCGGCACCCCCCUGCACAGCCUGGGCCGCCCGGAGAUAUGUGGCGUGUACUGGCGGCACUCCAUCAAGGAACACCUCACCUCGCAGGUCAUGGGAUUCUGGCUCAAUGACAGCCAGCCAGUGUCCACCUCCACCAACAAUGUCCCCUUCAUGCUUAUGCGGAAAGGGGUGGGCGUGCAGGUGAUGGAGCCGGACCUCCUGGAGUCUGUGGACCUGAGUGUGGUGAGCGAGAAAUUUGAGAGCGCCAACAACUCCUUCCUGGACCACCUCUGGGGCUGGAUGAAGGGCGUGCGCACCACCGGGACGCAGCACACGGAGGAGAUGCUGCUGGAGGGGACGUCCGUGCUGGGGGUGGGGCGCGUGGUGCUGGGGGGCGAGGGGCUGUGUCUGCACCCCUCCGACACACUCCCCUACAUCAUCACCACCAGGACCAAGAAGAGUCUGAUGGAGGACCUGCAAGCACCAUUACCCUACUUCAGAGCCCUGGGGGUGGUCACUGCCCUGGGGGGGGCCUACUGUGUCUUCAGGAUGUGUGGGCGGCUGCUGGCGGCUUGGCGGAGGCGGCAGGAGCGACGGCGGGAGGAGAAGCUGCUGGAGGAGGCGAGGGAGAGGGCCAGGGGGGGUGGGGGGCUGGGUGGGGGGGCCGACGGUGGGGGGGAUCUGCCGGAGAGCCUCAUGUGCGUGGUGUGCUGCGGCCUAAGGGAUGUGCUGCUUCUCCCGUGUAGACAUAUGUGCGUUUGUGGGUCAUGUGCGUCUCGCCUCCCAGAUCCGCGGGCGUGUCCAGUCUGUCGUGCACUGGUGGAGAGCGUGCAGCCCGUUUUCUAUUCCUGAGUGUGUGUGUGUGUGUGUGUGUGUGUGUGUGUGUGUGUGUGUGUGUGUGUGUGUGUGUGUGUGUGUGUGUGUGUGUGUGUGUGUUUGUGUUGGUUUGUGUGUGUGUGUGUGUGUGUGUGUGUGUGUGUGUGUGUGUGUGUGUGUGUGUGUGUGUGUGUGGUGUGUGUGUGUGUGUGUGUGUGUGUUGUGUGUGUGUGUGUGUGUGUGUGUGUGUGUGUGUGUGUGUGUGUGUGUGUGUGUGUGUGUGUGUGUUAAGGUUAGGUUAGAUUAGUGUGUGUGUGUGUGUGUGUGUGUGUGUGUGUGUAAGGAAAUUAGUUGGGAAAGUAAUGGUGGAUGUCAUUUCUGAAUUUUGUUUAUUUGUCUUAAUUUCUCUUGUGUUAUCUCCUCUGGGGUGAUGAUACUUAAGGGGAAGGUUAAUUACUACCCCAGGGAAGACGUGUAUAAAUUUCAGGCCUGGGGGAGUUAUAGAAAGGAAGAAAAUAAGAAAACUAUGAAUGGUAGAAAUUGUAUUACUUCUGAUUAUUUGUGGACUUUUUCUUGAUUUCUCUUGUUUAGAUUGGUAAGGUUAGGUUAGGUUACUGUGUGUGUGUGUGUGUGUGUGUGUGUGAGAGAGAGAGAGAGAGAGAGCGAGCCUGUAGUUGUAGGAGACCCCAAGUAGAGGAGGUCAAGGGGACACCCACAAAGCUCAUGGCACAUUGGGUUACACUGUAUAUUGAGGUCUCUCUGUGUGUGUGUGUGUGUGUGUGUGUGUGUGUGUGUGUGUGUGUGUGUGUGUGUGUGUGUGUGUGUGU